GGAAAUAAGCUUUUUCCAUCUCCUUUCUUGUCAAGUUUGAGAAAAGUACUUCUCUCUCGCAGUUGCUUCUCUUCUCAAAUACCAAACGCACCUUAGUCAAUAAUCAAUUACAUAAAACUUUAGCCAAAAAAUUACGUGUUUGCAUUAUACUUAGAUUCAUUUUAAAAAUCAUGUGUUAAAAAUCUUGAUGGUAAAAAAGUCUCUGUAAAAAAGUCUUUAAAAUUUCACAAAAUCAAUAUAGUCCAACAAAAUCUCAUAAAAUCAUCAAGACUUUUUUUUUGCCAAAAUUGUCUCAUGAAAUCCCAAUCCAAUACACCCCCUAAGUAUAAGAUUAUGUAUGAUCUUAUUAUAAUAAUUAAGUGAUUGAUAAAUGUGAUCGAUCGAAACCCCAUUUUUGUAUAGAAUUCCGAUUCCAAUCGAUCGAUCAUCGCGAUGUAUCAGUGGAGGAAGUUCGAAUUCUUCGAGGAGAAGUACGUUUCAAAAUGCACGAUUCCAGAGGAAGAAGAUGAAGAUGAAAGAGAGAAAGAUAGGGAGAGGAAAAUCGAGUGCUGUUCGAGUGGAAGGGGUAAGGUGGUUACUGGUUUUGAUGAUGGAACCGUUUGCUUGUUCGAUCGAGGUCUCAAAUUCAAUUACGCUUUUCAACCUCACUCUUCUUCUGUUCUCUUUCUUCAACACCUCAAGCAACGCAACUUCCUGGUAACAAUUGGGGAAGAUGAACAACUUACUCCUCAGCAAUCAGCUUUGUGCCUGAAGGUUUUUGACUUAGAUAAGAUGCAAUCUGAAAGUACAAGCACGGCGAGUCCUGAUUGUGUUGGGAUAUUGCGUAUAUUCACUAAUCAGUUUCCUGAGGCAGUGAUUACAUCUUUUAUUGUCUUAGAGGAAGUGCCUCCUAUACUCCUCAUAGCUAUUGGCUUAAACAAUGGUUCUAUUUACUGCAUCAAAGGAGAUAUUGCACGGGAGCGUAUCACCCGUUUCAAGCUUCAGGUGGAAAACCAUUCAGACAAAACUCAUUCCUCAAUCACUGGUCUUGGGUUCAAAGUGGAUGGUCAAACACUUCAGUUGUUUGCGGUAACCCCAAGUUCUGUGAGCUUGUUUUCAUUGCAUGAUCAACCGCCAAGGAGGCAAACGCUUGAUCAGAUUGGAUGUGGUAUAAACAGCGUUGCAAUGAGUGACCGUUCUGAGUUUAUAAUUGGUCGGCCAGAGGCAGUAUAUUUUUAUGAAGUUGAUGGACGCGGUCCUUGUUGGGCUUUCGAGGGAGAAAAGAAGUUGGUAGGAUGGUUUCGUGGAUACCUUUUGUGUGUUAUUGCAGAUCAAAGAACAGGAAAGCAUACUUUCAACAUAUAUGACCUGAAGAAUCGUUUAAUAGCCCACAGUGCUCUGGUUAAAGAAGUUUCUCAUAUGCUCUAUGAAUGGGGUACCAUCAUACUCAUAAUGACGGACAAAUCAACCUUAUGUAUUGGGGAAAAGGAUAUGGAAAGCAAGUUAGACAUGUUAUUCAAGAAAAAUCUAUAUACUGUAGCAAUUAAUCUUGUUCAGACUCAACAAGCAGAUGCUGCAGCUACUUCUGAAGUUCUGAGAAAAUAUGGAGAUCAUCUAUACAGCAAGCAAGACUAUGAUGAGGCAAUGGCCCAGUACAUAAAUACCAUUGGUCAGCUUGAACCUUCGUACGUGAUACAAAAGUUUUUGGAUGCUCAAAGAAUCUACAACCUCACAAAUUACUUGGAAAAGCUACAUGAAAAGGGGCUUGCUUCUAAAGAUCACACCACACUUCUAUUAAACUGUUACACCAAGUUGAAAGAUGUUGAAAAACUAAAUCUAUUUAUUAGAAGUGAAGACAGCAUUGGGGAACUUAAGUUUGAUGUGGAAACAGCAAUCAGGGUUUGCCGUUCUGCCAAUUACCAUGAGCAUGCAAUGUAUGUUGCAAAGAAGGCAGGGAGGCAUGAAUGGUACUUGAAGAUUUUGCUUGAAGAUCUUGGUAAUUAUGAAGAGGCCUUGGAAUAUAUUUCUAGUCUGGAAUCAAGUCAGGCUGGGAUGACAAUAAAGGAGUAUGGUAAAAUUCUAAUAGAGCAUAAGCCAUCAGAGACAAUUCAGAUUCUCAUUAGGCUUUGCACAGAUGAGGGUGACAAAAGAGGUCGGUCAAAUGGUGUGUAUGUGUCUAUGUUGCCAUCUCCUGUUGAUUUUCUCAGCAUCUUCGUUCAUCACCCUCAUUCCCUUAUGGAUUUUCUUGAAAAAUAUACCAAUAAGGUCAAGGACUCGCCUGCUCAGGUGGAGAUUAACAAUACCCUUUUAGAGUUGUAUAUAUCCAAUGAAUUGAACUUUCCUUCAGUAUCACAGUCUAACGAGGGUGCAGAUUACCUUAAUGUAGCAUCAGGAAAAACUUUGAAUGCGAGCGCCCAAACCAAUGGAACUAUUGCUGAUCACAAAAGUUCAGAAAAGGAAAAAGGCCGUCUUGAAAGGCGUGAAAAGGGUCUACGCAUGCUUAAGAGUGCAUGGCCUCCAGAAACAGAACAUCCACUUUAUGAUGUUGAUCUAGCUAUUAUACUAUGUGAAAUGAAUGCAUUCAAAGAUGGGCUUUUGUAUUUGUAUGAAAAGAUGAAACUCUAUAAGGAAGUAGUUGCUUGCUAUAUGCAGGCGCAUGAUCAUGAGGGCUUAAUUGCAUGCUGCAAAAGACUGGGUGAUUCAAUUAAAGGAGGGGAUCCAUAUCUCUGGGCAGAUGUACUCAAAUAUUUUGGUGAGCUUGGAGAAGAUUGCUCCAAAGAAGUAAAAGAAGUUUUGAAUUACAUUGAAAGGGAUAAUAUUUUGCCCCCCAUAAUUGUCCUUCAAACUCUGUCAAAAAAUCCUUGCCUCACACUUUCUGUGAUCAAGGAUUACAUUGCUCGGAAACUUGAGCAGGAAUCAAAGAUAAUUGAGGAGGACCGACAAGCUAUUGAGAAAUAUCAGGAAGACACACAGACAAUGAGGAAAGAGGUUCAAGAUCUUAGGACAAAUGCGAGGAUUUUUCAGCUUAGCAAGUGCACGGCAUGCACUUUCACCCUAGAUCUUCCUGCUGUGCAUUUCAUGUGCAUGCACUCAUUCCAUUUGCGGUGCCUUGGCGAUAAUGAAAAAGAAUGCCCCGAGUGUGCCCCAGAAUAUAAGUCUGUCUUAGAAAUGAAAAGAAAUUUAGAGCAAAAUUCUAAGAAUCAGGACAGAUUUUUCCAGCAAGUUAAGAACUCCACAGAUGGGUUUUCUGUCAUUGCUGAAUAUUUUGGAAAAGGGAUUAUCAGCAAAACAAGCAACGGAUCCACUUCGGGUCUCAGAUCUGGAAAUGCAUCAUCAAGUAGUGGCUUCUGAGGUUUACUAUUUGCGCCCUUCCUUUCAGAUUUUUGCUCCAUUCAUUACUAAAAAGUUGGUUUCUAAACAUUGAAUGAACCUGAUUAAUUUCCGGGUUUUCGACUUCUCCAUUAUUACUCCAGCAGCUUCAAUUUUCUUGAGUUUAUAUUUUUUUCAUAAUGUGCUAGCUGUUAUAUGUUACUCCCUCCGUCCCUAAGUAUAGGAACCCCUACCAAAAAACACAAGUAUUAAGAAAAGUUGUUGGACUAAUAAUUUUGUUUGACUUGUGUUAAACUAUUACUAAUUUUCUCUUUAUAUUUAAUGUAUUCAAUGUUGUUUUUUA